AGUCGGUUCAUUUGUAAAGAAUCAAAACGAUCAAGCGCGUUACUGUUACAACGGUUACUGACUCUGCUAUUGAAAUCUGACCAUAGCCGACUUGGUAUUAAGGAAACAUGGAGAUUGAGGGAAAGCCCUGCAGAAUAAAAGACGAAGAUACAGAGCUACAAAUAGUGGAAGCAAAUGAAGACAAACAGCAUCGCAUUCACAACAUACGUCCACACUUGACGUAUAAACAGAGUUUCACACUGAAUCAAGCUCAACAAGCUGGAGUUUGUUUUGGGGGAAAUGUGACUGAGCACAUGAGAAUAAACAGCAGGGUUAAAAAGUUCACGUGUCUUCAGUGUGGAAAGAGUUACGAGCAUAAUGGAAACUUUACAGUGCACAUGAGGAUUCACACUGGAGAAAGACCAUUCACAUGUACUGUUUGUGGAAAGAGCUUCGUUAGCAAAGGAAACCAUGAUAAGCAUUUCAGAAUUCAUACUGGAGAGCGACCAUUCACAUGUGAUCACUGUGGAAAGAGCUUUUACGACAAGGGAAAGUUUAAUGAACACAUGAAGAUUCACACUAGGGGUGAAGUCUUCACCUGCACUCAGUGUGGAAAGAGCUUCUUUCAGAAAGCAGGAUUGAAGAGUCAUCUGAAAUUUCACUCUGAGGAAAGACCGUUCGUGUGUUCUCAAUGUGGAAAGGGUUUCAAAACUGAAAGCAACCUCAAAAAUCAUCAGCUCAUUCACACUGGAGUGAGGUCGUUCAACUGUGAUCAGUGCGAUAAAACUUUCCUCCGUGCGUCAAACUUGAGGGAACACCUUAAAGUUCAUGCCGGACUGAAGCCUCAUGUUUGCUCCUUAUGUGGAAAGAGUUUUUCACGACGGACGACUUUAGGAGUUCACACGAGGAUUCACACUGGAGUGAGACCUUAUACGUGUUCAGACUGCGGGAAGAACUUUACUAUAUUAGGCGACUUAAAGAAACACCAGAGGGUUCACACUAGAGAGAAACCGCACAAGAGUUCACACUGUGUGAAGAGUUUACCUUCUACAGGACACCUGAAAAAUCAUGAGAGAGUUCACACUGGAGAAAAGCCAUAUGCGUGCUCCUUAUGUGGAAAGAGUUUCAGUCAGUUAGGUAGUCUACAGGUACAUGUAAAAUAUAAAAGCUGUUGCCUAAUUGUGCCUAAAUAAGCAAUGUUUCA